GUAAUUCAGUACGUUAUGAAUUAGUUCAAAUCCUAUCUGGUUUCACUGACAUAAAUUUACUACUUUUACCUUUUUUACAAACUGAAAAUCAGUAAUAAUGAGAAUUGGAUAAGGUUUUUGGCUGUUAUAACGACCACUGAACUAUCGGGUACAUCGGACAGCAUCGGACUUAACGGAGACAGUAACUCCGAAACGUACGGCUAAGGUCCGAGAGCUAGCCAAUCUGCAGAGACCACCACAUCAUUAACUUGUCAAAAACGUCAAAGUCGCCGUUAGCGUCUUUUCCCUCUGGGUACUAUUUCUAUUUUUAGAACAUUUACGCGUAAUUACACAGAGAGACUCAAAUACUGUGACUCAUGCUAUGCGUAUAUAAUAAAUUCUUUAUACGCCAACUUUCUUUCUCUCCGGAGAUUAGUUCUUAACUCGAGCUCUUAACUUGCGCUCAUCGCCGGUUGAUGACAGCUAAGUCCGGUUGGUGGAUAAACAGGAGGAGACGAGGUCGAAGAGGAGAAGGCUAGAAGAACUGAGAAAUGGAGUUUCUGGCAGGUUCGACGUUUGAAGCUGGUACGGCGGUGCAGGAUAAAGCUGCACCGGCGGCUCUGUUCUUGACGGAGGAAUCUAGCCGCGGUGGAAGCGGGAUCGGAUUAAGGAGAUGUGUUAAGUCUCUGUCGGAGGAGAUAUCAGAGAGUUCUUCAUCAUCUGUAGUCGUGUCGGGGGAAAGCAGCGCAAACGAGGAAGAGGACGGUGCCGUUUCGUCACGAGGAACAUGGAGAGGGUUAUCAAAUCAUUACCUAGGGAAAUCAAAAUCAUUUGGGAAUUUAAUGGAAGCGAGCAAGGCCAAGGAUCUAGAGAAAGUGGAGAGUCCGUUGAACAAGAGAAGGAGAUUGCUUAUUGCUAACAAGCUAAGGAGAUCAUCACUGUCUUCUUUUAGCAUCUACUCCAAGACUAAUAAUAACCUUAGUUCCAUGCCUUUACUUGCAUUGCAAGAGUCUGAUGAGGAGGAUCACAAAUGCAGUUAUGAUAAUGAUGAUAGUAGUGAUGAUGAAAUUAGUAAGUUGCAAGAGAAGAGGAUGAAGAUGACAACGAAUAAUAGAGAUUUUGUGGUUCAAACUCAUAGCUGCUUAUGUUUAACUAGUUUUCAAGAUGAUGAUCGAUAAUCCAUUAUUUUCUCCACUUGUGUUCUGUUUGUUUGUUUGUUUCUGUUGUCAGCGUAGAAUAAGUUUCGUUGGCAAUAAUUGAUUGAAGAUUUGAUAGAAUAGUUGUCUAGUCAUUAAGAUGUGGGUUACCGAUC